GACGCCAUCAAGCCGUUUCUGGACUACUAUGAACAGGUUGAUGGCGUGUCGUACCGGAAGGCAAUCUUCAUCUUCCUCAGCAACGCAGGCGGGGACCUCAUCACGAAGACGGCCCUGGAGUUCUGGCGUGCGGGAAGGAAGAGGGAGGACAUCCAGCUGAAAGACCUGGAGCACGCACUGUCGGUGGGAGUCUUCAACAACAAGCACAGUGGCCUGUGGCGCAGCGGACUGAUAUACAAAAGACUCAUCGACUACUUCAUCCCCUUCCUGCCCCUGGAGUACACACAUGUGAAGAUGUGUGUGCGGGCAGAGAUGAAGGCCCGUGGCUCCGCCAUAGACGAAGACAUUGUCACCAGAGUGGCAGAGGAAAUGACGUUUUACCCCAAAGGUGAAAAAAUCUACUCCGACAGGGGCUGCAAGACUGUGCAGUCGCGGCUGGAUUUCCAGUGACGUCCAUCCGAGCAGGGCCCGAGGCAGCUGGGAGCUCAGGAGCGAGGGCCUGGCCUUUCAGAAGCAUUCUGAAGAUGUCGUCAGGGUUUGCACAUUUGUACCUGUGGACUUUUGGAAUCUAGAAGUUUCUAUGAGUUGAUUUUUGAUGAGCCGCUAAAUUGCCAAGUGCACUUGUCAUUUUGCAACAUGGUAGCAAUGCAACUGUUGUUGCAGUUGAAGAUGAACUUUUAAAACCCUUCUCCCCCACUCCUACUGACUUUGCAGAAGUGCCUUCAAACAGCUGUCUGUGUGAGACCCAUAACUGUGGCCCUCAAGCUGCUGUCCCUCCUGAAGUCCAGGGCCUGCUGCAAGCUGGGAGCACUGGCUGUCACCUGCCGGAAUCAGGCUUCCGCUCCGGUUCUCUCUUCACAGAGAGCGUCCCGACUUGAAGUAUUUUCAGUGGAGAAUGGUGGUGCCUUCAGGCGCAGGCCGCGUCUGGCGGGAGGACAUGUGGGGUCCUCGUCUGUGCGGCAGCCGGACGGACAGAUCAUCGCCGCCUGGCCGUUGCUCUGCUGCUCGGGGAACCCGCUCGCCUCUCCCUGUGGCACUUCUUCUGAACGUCAGUGACCACCAGCUUCCCCCACCGCUAGUCGGACUGGAACCAGAGCGUUGGUUUCAGUUUCAAGUCCUUGGUCCCAUGGGGAAAUGUUUGUUACAGUGUACACUUGGGUCAUUUUCUUGCUGUAACCCACAGAACCAUUUGAAAUCCUAGAACACGGUCAUCUCUGUGGAGAUGGGGUCAGCUUGCAGACUCUGCAUUGCCAAAGUGGAAGUAUUGUACACUAGAAACACUAGAGUUUUCAAGGAUGAGUGUAUACACACACACACACACACACACACAUAUUUUAAUAUAUUUUUCUUGAUUUUAGAGAGGAAGGG